AGCGUGGACGGGAGGAAGCUAUGAAUGAAUAAGCACACGCGGGUUGUAUUCGUAAAGAAAGGUUUUCAAGAGGCCAUUUCACGUGCGCCAGAGAAGACAUGUGUCACCUGCUAAGAUGGACUAUUUUUCUCGGGAUUGUUAGCGCCAUUCCUUUUACUUUUGGAAUGGCGGUCAGCGAGAGAACAGAUGAUUCGUGCCCUACUUUAAGAAUAGAAGAGAGCCGGUUUGUCCAGCGUCUGAAGUCUCACGAAAUCACAGGAUUUGAUCUGACAGAGAAGUUCCUGUUGCGGAAAGGGACCGUGACCGAGGACCGGCCGUCCUUCCGCCUGGGCAGCACGCCCCUCAUCAAGCCCACCGAGUUUGUCUUUCCUAACGGACUCCCGGAUGAAUACUCCCUGGUGGCUAUAUUUCGCCUGCGAAAGACCACCAAGAAAGAUCGCUGGUACCUCUGGCAGAUUUCUGACCAAUCGGGAGGCUCACAGGUGUCCAUCAUCGUUGACGGCAGCAAGAAGGUGGUGGAGUUUUCGGCGGGAGGCCUCCUGAAGAGCAGCCUGCACUACACGUUCCGGGGCCGGGACCUGCAGUCCCUGUUCGACCGGCAGUGGCACAAGCUGAGCGUCACGGUGCAGGCCAGCAUCCUGUCCAUCUACAUGGACUGCAAGCUCAUCGAGCGGCGCCUCACCGACGAGAAGGACGCCGUGGACUCCGGGGGGCGCACGCUCAUCGCCACGCGCAUCGAGGACGGGCGGCCCGUGGACAUUGAGCUGCAGCAGAUCCUGGUGUACUGCGACCCCAGGCUGGCGGAGCAGGAGACCUGCUGCGAGAUGCCCGGCUCCACGUGCGCUCCGUCGGAGGUCAUGGAAGCCACCCCGCCCGCGCCGGUGACCAGCCCCCUCCCGAGGAUGCUGUCCCAGCAGAUCGUCCGUCGUGGGGACGCGUGCUACUGCCGGGGAGAGAAGGGAGAGCAAGGAUUGCCAGGCUUGGAAGGACUCCCUGGGAUGAAGGGGGAUAAAGGUGACAAGGGGGACAUUGGAGAUGACGGGGAACCAGGCAGCCCAGGGUUAAAGGGUGACAGAGGAAUAUCCGGACUUCCUGGUCUUGAUGGAAUUGCGGGGCGUAAGGGCGAGCACGGGGACCGGGGGCUGCCGGGCCUGGACGGCGAGCAGGGUGAGAAGGGAACAGCAGGCGAACAAGGUCCUGUGGGCUUACCUGGAAAAGAUGGCUUGAGCGGGGAUCCUGGACUUCCCGGCCUGUCAGGCCCCAGAGGUUAUAAAGGUGAUAUAGGCCCUCCAGGACUGCCAGGUCUCUCUAUUGAAAGCACGGGACUAAAAGGAGAGCCUGGUGUCCCAGGUGUUCCUGGAGGACAGGGACCGGAUGGCCCCACAGGAACUGCGGGUACAGAGGGCAAAAGAGGUCGCAGAGGGAAGCCAGGCGAACGUGGCCUCCCAGGGCCCCCGGGAGAGAGGGCCAUCUCAGAAGGGGCAGAUAUCAAGGGGGAGAAAGGUGACCGGGGGUCAGGCGGAGAGAAGGGCGACUCAGGAGAGCCUGGUCAGCCGGGUGGAGCAGGGCACGGGGGAGCAAAAGGAGAGAAGGGUGAAGCAGGCGCACGUGGACCGCCAGGCCCGGUGAUGACAGCGCAUGGCUUGAGGCAUCUUUCCGGGCCUGGAGAAGAAGGGGAAAAGGGACAGAAAGGAGAGAAAGGUGACCAGGGUGAUUUUGGCAUCCAAGGACCUCAUGGCCUAAAGGGAGUGAAGGGAAGCCCUGGACCGCUGGGCCCAGAGGGACCUCCAGGGGCAGAGGGCACAGAGGGCCUGCCAGGACCCAUGGGACCCCAAGGACCUCCCGGAGAUGCGGGCUCUCCUGGAGACCCUGGACUGUCUGGAACAGAUGGCCAUAAAGGAGAGAAGGGCGACUCGGGGGGUGUGGCGGGCGCCCCCGGCCCCCAGGGGCCCAAAGGAGAGCCCGGUGACCCAGCAGCAGGAUCAUUCAGCAGUGCAGGAGCGGGAGCAUCUGGACCCAGAGGUUCUCGAGGGCCAAAGGGUGAGCGAGGGCUUCCUGGAUUAAUAGGAGACCCGGGAGAGAAGGGAGAUCCAGGUCUGGGUCUGCCAGGCCCCUCGGGCCCCAGAGGACUGGAGGGGAUGCCGGGAGUUCAGGGUCCGUAUGGACCUCCUGGCCCAUUGGGACCAGCUGGACCCCCGGGAAACCAGGGCCCCCCAGGCAGAGAUGGGAGGCCUGGCCUCCCUGGCCCCCCCGGUGAACCGACUGCCCUGCCCAUUGUUGGAGAGAUGGGCACACCACUCAAGAACGCCUGCAGCUCGUGCCAGACGCGGGGUGCGGGGCUCCCUGGGCAGAAGGGGGAGAAGGGGUCCCUCGGGAUGCCCGGGGUGGAGGGCCCUGAGGGUGAGAAGGGUGACCAAGGAAUCCGAGGGCCUAUGGGAAACCCCGGCAAGGAGGGGCCAAAGGGUGUGAAAGGAGAGAGAGGGUUUCCUGGGCCCGGCGGAGAGAAAGGAGAUGAGGGUCCUUCAGGAAUACCAGGAUUCCCUGGAGUCAUGGGGAGGACAGGGAGUCCAGGAAUGAUGGGAAGACCGGGGCCCAUGGGACAUCCAGGACUGAAAGGUGAAAGGGGCAGUGAGGGUUCAGCUGGCCCACCUGGACCCCCAGGCCCACCGGGCAUCGUCCAUCCUGAGGGGAACGGAAUGAGCAGCCUUUAUAAGCUACAGGGCAGCGGCGCUAUGGGAUAUCCUGGACCCCCAGGAGCUCCGGGCCCUAAAGGAGACGCGGGCAGAGCUGUGAGUUUGUUCUCUUCCUCUAAUAUUGAAUUAGUGAAUAGUGAAUUUUACUCUGUGUGUCUGGCCUGCUUCCAAACACUCCGCUGCUUCAGGGGAGACUCCAUUCAUCCCCCACACCCCAAAGUCUCAGACGCUGCAGAUUCCUGGUCCUCGGCGCGGGACGGCUGCCAGGGCGCCCCCCGGUGCGGCGGAGGGGGAGGGCUCUGA